AUGAGAGCUCUCAAGGGCCGUUGCUCGCUCUCGCGCGGCAGUCGGCUCUUUGUGGCACUGCUAGACGACAUACACGCCAUGCUCCCCGAGUUCCCACAUACACUAGAGACGACAAGACAAGCAAGAAACAAGCCUGGGGGUCACUCUCAUCCAGGGGAGGCAUGGGGAUGGGGGGACACGAGAAUGGCGCAAGACUCCCUGAUUCUCUCUGCCAAGCAUCUCCUCUGGACCUUGUCACAGUUGCAAACCGUCUUUACCGAAGAGGGCCGCCCCAUGCAAUUGUCAUCCACAUUUCUCCGGUCAUGA